AUGCAGAGUCGGUGUCGGUCACUUGCUGAUGCGAAAUCCACCGGAUACCAAACGAUGAAGAUGUUUUCGCUCGAGGGACAGACGGCCCUGAUUACAGGCGGAACGAGGGGUAUUGGGCAGGCUGCUGCUGUUGCUCUGGCGGAGUGCGGCGCAGAUAUCAUUUUGGUCCAACGCGACCGAUCCAACACGGCUACCUUGCAAGCAAUUGAAGCUCUGGGAAGGAAAGCAACCAUCUACACGGCCGACCUCUCCUCGCAAGCAGAUGUCGCAGCUCUGACGCCCACGAUCCUAAGAGAUGGACAUGAGAUCCAGAUCUUGGUGAACUGUGCUGGGAUCCAGCGCCGGCAUCCUUGUGCCGAGUUCCCAGACAACGAUUGGAACGAGGCACUCAACCUCACCACCGUCUUCACCCUCUGCCGCGACGUGGGCGCCCACAUGCUCUCGCUGCCAGCAUCUCCCUCCGGCCGCCGCGGCAGCAUCAUCAACUUCGCCUCGCUCCUCACUUUCCAAGGAGGCCUCACCGUGCCCGCCUACGCCGCUUCCAAGGGCGCCGUUGCCCAGCUGACCAAGUCCCUCGCGAACGAGUGGACUUCGAAGGGCAUCACCGUGAAUGCUAUUGCGCCUGGCUACAUCGAGACGGAAAUGAACACUGCGCUGUUGGCAAACCCGGAGAGGCUGAAGAGUAUCAGUGAGAGGAUCCCAGCUGGGAGAUGGGGGGUCCCGGAGGAUUUCAAGGGGAGCGUGGUGUAUCUUGCCAGCGCGGCGAGUAGUUAUGUCAGUGGUCAUGUGCUUGUUGUUGAUGGCGGGUGGAUGGGGAGGUAA